AUACGACUCACAAAUUUCAUUAAUCGUAAACAAAAACACGCUGUUCUUGGAUUUUCUCUCAUAAAAUGGUUCGAAAACUAAAAUUUCAUGAGCAAAAGUUGCUCAAAAAGGUCGAUUUCAUCAAUUGGAAAUGCGAUAACAACUUACACGAAGUAAAAGUGCUUAAAAAGUUCAAUAUUCAGAAACGUGAUGACUAUACAACUUACAACAAAAUCUCCCGUGAAAUCCGUGAUAUAGCAACAAAAAUCAGCCAAGUCGAUGCCAAAGAUUCUUUUCGCACGGAAGUUAGUGCCGAACUUUUGGAAAAACUUUACGUGUUAGGCUUGAUACCUACAAAAUGGGAUCUCGAAAAUGCUUCAAAGAUUUCGGCGAGUGCUUUUUGUCGCAGACGCUUGCCUGUUGUAAUGGUUCGUAACAAAAUGGCUCAAAAUUUGACGGAUGCCACAAAAUUAGUUGAACAAGGACAUGUGAGAGUUGGAGCUGAUGUCGUCAAAGAUCCAGCUUUUUUGAUUUCGCGAACACUUGAGGAUUUCGUAACGUGGGUUGAUAGCUCGAAAAUUCGGAAACACGUCUUGGAGUACAAUGACAUGCGAGAUGACUUUGAAAUGUAGAGUUUUUAGUGUUAUUUCUUUUAUUAUUAGGAUUACUUAAUACAUAAUAAAGGUUUUUUUUGUAAUAUA